AUGUUACGCUUAUCUCCUCUUGUCUUCGGCGACGGCAAUGCUUAUCGUCUCCCUCUGGAGAACAAAAGCUCUCCAGGCCUCUGCCAUAUCCUUAGCAUGCGCCCAGCAGUAAUUCGAGGUAUCAAAGCUUUGAGCUCUUCCCGACCUCAUACAGCCGUCAAGAUGCUGAAGAAGUCACCUACACACACCUGGUUGCCCGCCUGGGUACCAGAGUCCACGAAGGUCCUCGCUGUCCUUUUGAUCCUCUGUUCAAUCGUCCAAUCUACAACCGUCGGCUAUGACGGCUCCAUGCUCAACGGUCUCAAUAUUCUGCCAUCCUACACCGACUAUUUCAACCUCAAUACCGCCACGACUGGACUGAACACUGCUUCAGUCUUCAUUGGCGGCUUUUUGGGUCCUCUCGUGACCGGCAUCAUCACGGACAGAUUCGGCCGUCGGUUGACUAUCUUCUGGGGCUCUGCCGGCACUCUGCUUGGUGUCGUUUUGCAAACCGCGGCGCAGAACAUCGCUAUGUUCGUCAUUGCCCGUAUUGUUCUCGGCUUCGGGUCUGCCGUGUCAGGAAUUGCCUCAGGAGUUUAUCUGGCAGAAACGUUUCCCAGUCGCUGGCGUGCCUGGGGCGUCGGUCUGCUCAAUGACUUUUACUACGUUGGCGCGCUGAUCGCCGCCGGCAUUACCCUCGGAACUGGGCAGUGGCAAUCGACCUGGGCAUGGCGAGCGCCAUCACUCUUUCAGGGUGUCUUUUCGCUUCUCUGUAUCCUCGUCGUGCCAUUCAUCCCCGAAUCACCACGCUGGCUGGUCCAUCAAGGCCACUUUGAAGCCGCACGCACAGUCGUCGCUCAGACCAAUGCCAACGGUGAUUUGACUGACCCGGUCGUGUUGACCGUCUACAAAGAGAUUGUUGACACUCUUAAUUGGGAGAAGAAAGAAGGACGGACCAUGAGUCCCAUGGAGAUCAUCAGGACUCCAACAGCACGAAAGCGCCUUUUGAUCGGCAUGUCUCCUGGCCCCUUCUCUUGCAUAGCCGGGAAUAUCAUCGCGAGCUAUUAUCUAGGCGCUGAACUUGAUACUGCUGGCAUCACAAGCUCGAAUCAGCAACUGAAAGCGAACGUCGUCUUAAACGUAUGGUGCCUAGCCUGCUGUUUGGUCGGUACACACCUCGCCGCAAUAUGGGGCCGGAAGCCGACCGCCUUGCUGUCCCAAGGUCUCCUGAUUGUGUGCUUGUUCAUAAUUGGUGGCCUGUCCAAGAAGUACGCCGACGAUCCCGACGGCGCUUCAAAAGGCCUGAUAUACGGCGACGUCGCGGUCAUGUUCCUCUUCCAGGGCUUCUAUUCGGUGGCAUGGACUCCGCUGUUGUACCUUUAUCCGCCUGAGGUCAUGAACUAUUCGAUCCGUGCCAACGGCGUGGCGUUUUCGCAAUUGGCAUUGAACGGUCUUGCACUGGCACUCGUAUUCAUCAUGCCAAUCGGCCUGAACAAUAUCGGCUGGAAAAUGUACAUGGUCAACGGAGGCUGGGACAUUGUGACAUUCUUCCUCAUUUGGUAUUUCUGGGUCGAGACCAAAGGGAAAACACUGGAAGAGAUCGACGCGAUUUUCGACGGCGAAAAGCAUUCGGCCGUGCCGGAUGUUGAAACAGUACGAGCAGGAAGUGUCAGUGUGGAUCGGGCUGCAAUCGAGAGUGACUUGCGUGAAGAGAAGGUCAUUUCAAAGACGGAAUGA